CCACAUUUAGGUAUUUAGGACGCGAGAUCCGGACAAUAUUCCGUGCUUUAGUGAUUCAUCAAGGGUCCGUUCGGCGUUGACAGCUGUCACGUGCGCAUGCGCCACAGCGAUCGGCGGCGCUUCGCAGUUCCGCCGUCUUCUGUUCAUCACCAUCCGCUAGCGACAUUGUCGCGACGUAGACGACGCGCUCUUAUCCUUCAUCUACAUCCUGUAGUCUGGGCUCCAUUUACACUCCGCGGCUUUGCCGCCUUAUAUCCAGCAUGGCUCAUUUCAACAUGGCUUCCACCGCUCCCGCGGUUCACAAUCUCGUCGCUGCUGCUACGGGACUGCGGUCCUCCAUGUCUGCUACCCUGAGACCCUCAUGGCAGGCAUUCGGCCGCAGGCAGAUGGCCCCGGUCUGCGCCCCAUCCAUCAAGUCGCAUCUGGCGAGACAGUACUCGUCCCUGUCGCGCAACGGUCCCCUCGCACAGCUCCGCCAGCCCAGGCCCGGCAUGGUCGGUCUCGGUCUGGCGCAGCAGCGCUCGCUCUUCGGUGGCCCCUCGCGGGACCAGCUUGCCCGUCUCGAGGACGCGGCCAACAACAACCCCAACAGUGCUACUACCCAGGCUUCAUUCUACUCGGCUGUCAUGCGCGCCAACAUGCCGCAAAUCGUCAUCGAUCGCUACAACACCGGCCAAUUCGCCACCAACGGCAUCUCCGACCGCCUCUACCGCCAAGCGCUCGAGAAGACGGGCCAGGCCGGUGCUGGAAACGCGCAGGGAGGCAACAACGGCUUGACGCCGCAGCAGAUCCAGGCUGUCAGCCAGGCUGUGGGCGCCAACAUGGGCGCCGGUCAGAUUGGCAAGGCCCGCGGCGGCGUCGGCGUCAAGAGCGACCCGGUCUACGUCGUCGUCGAGGAGUCCCUGUGGAACGUCAUCUUCAAGUGGGUGCGAUGGCUCGCCGGCUUUGCGCUGGCCGCCUACGUCUCUCUGAUCCUGAUCACGCUCUUUGUUGAGACCAGCGGCGUCCUCAAGAAGGUCGGCGGUGGCACCAGCUCGGAAGUCCGCCCGGAGACGCAGAACACGCGCUUCAGCGACGUGCACGGCUGCGACGAGGCCAAGGAGGAGCUUCUUGAUGUCGUCGACUUCCUGAAGCACCCGGAGCGCUACAACAAGCUCGGCGGCAGGCUGCCCAAGGGCGUGCUGCUCAUCGGCCCCCCUGGUACUGGUAAGACGCUGCUCGCUCGUGCUGUUGCCGGCGAGGCUGGCGUCCCGUUCUUCUACAUGUCUGGAUCUGAAUUCGACGAGGUUUACGUCGGUGUUGGUGCCAAGCGCGUGCGCGAGCUCUUCACCACCGCCCGCGCGAAGGCCCCUGCUAUUGUCUUCAUCGACGAGCUCGACGCCAUUGGUGGCAAGCGUAAGUCGCGCGACGCCAACUACCACCGCCAGACCCUCAACCAGCUGCUGAACGAUCUCGACGGUUUUGAUCAGUCUACUGGUGUUAUUUUUAUCGCUGCCACUAACCACCCUGAAUUGCUCGACUCGGCUCUGCUUCGCCCUGGUCGUUUCGACCGUCACGUACAGGUUGAGCUUCCUGAUGUCGGCGGCCGUCUUGCCAUCCUGAAGUACCACACCAAGAAGAUUCGCCUCUCGCCAGAGAUCGACCUGUCUACCAUCGCCCGCGGCACUCCUGGAUUCUCUGGCGCUGAACUCGAGAACCUCGCCAACUCCGCUGCCAUCCGCGCUUCCAAGCUCCAGGCCAAGUUUGUCUCGCUGAACGACCUCGAGUGGGCCAAGGACAAGAUCACCAUGGGUUCCGAGAAGAAGACUCGCGCGGUCCCUCUCCAGGACAAAAUCCACACUGCCUACCACGAGGGUGGCCACGCCCUCGUCGGUCUGUUCACCAAGGGUUACAGCGACGUCCACAAGGCGACCAUCCUCCCCCGAGGCCACGCUGCCGGUAUCACAUUCUUCCUGCCCCAGGAGGAGCACCACCACACCCGAUCGCAAUACAUUCGCCAACUGCAGGUCUGCAUGGGAGGCAAGAUGGCCGAGGAGAUCAUCUUCGGCGCCGACAAUGUUGCUGACGGCGCAUCUGGCGACAUCCAGCAGGCGACACAGCUAGCAUACAGCAUGGUGACCGCCUGCGGGUUCUCCGACAUGCUUGGCAACGUCGACUUCAAGUCGAACUACGAGAUGGUCUCCCCCGAGACAAAACGCCUGAUCGACAACGAAGUCCGCCGCCUGAUCGACGAGGCGCGCACCAGCGCAAAAGAGCUGCUGAACUCGAAGCGCACGGAGCUCGACCGCCUCGCCGAAGCCCUCGUCCAGUACGAGACGCUCGACAAGGCCGAGAUCCUCAAAGUCAUCAAGGGCGAGUCGCUGCCCGGCCGCAUCAAGUCGUCGCCCGACGCCCCCAUCAAGAUGCCCACAAGAGCGCUGCCCUCGCCCGUCGCCCCGCCCGUGCCCGGCACCGGCAGCGGGCCCCCCGGCCCCAGCGUCGUGGCCUGAACGCGACGGCUUCUGCGGGCCUGAGUAAAUCUCCCGCUUUUUUGCAUCGAGGCGAAUGGCGUUCGGCGGCCUCUUCCCUCGCGCGCCGAGCGCUGCUCGGAGGGGACUUUCGUUUGUACAUUAUGGGCAUCGUUAUCAGCGCUGAUGAAAAGCAUGGCAUGGUAUGGUAUGGCAUGGUAUGGUAUUGACUGCCGCAUUGCGCGACGCAGAUUGUAAGAAGACGAUAGGAGGUAGCGGUGUAACUAGACCAACGUCGGCAAUGAAAGAUCAAAUCCAACCACGAGGUCCCGCUUGAUGCUGGUGUGGUGACCGCAACCUCGCUUCGCACAUGUGUCUCGUAGGAUUCCCGUUCAAAUCGAUACUCCACAGCACAGCACGGCUUCUCCAGCACAGCACGGCUUCUCCAGCACAGCACGGCUUCUCCAGCACAGCAUGGCUUCUCCAGC